AUGGGUCAAUUAAAAAGAUGCUUCUUCACAUUGGGGGAAAAUGGCUCUGAGCCAAUUACAGUAGUCUUUAAGCUAUUUUGCAGAAGUCUUCCAAAGACAACAAGCAACUUCAUAGAUUUAUGUACUGGACGAUACGGGGGUGACGAGAGGCAUUGCUCGUACAAGAAUUCAUUAGUGACGAGGAUAAUUGCGCCAGAAUAUAUUGUUCAACUUGGUAAAAUCGACAGACGCUCAUCGAAAACAAUUUCGGGGCUGGAUGAAUUGUUAGACAAACAGGAAUACGCUGAAAAGGCAGAAACUAUAAGGGAGAAGGUCAGGCUUAAGCACGGAGGAUAUUUGUGCGUGAUAGCAGGCAAGGAUUCGCCGUUUGAAUUCUUCAUAACACUUACAGACCUUCGAAAAUACAGAAAUAACGAACUAAAGGAUUAUCUUGCCAUAGGAGAGCUGGAAAAGCCUUCUGUUGACACACUAAACGACUGGCUACAGCAAAGGGAAGUCGACAGGGCUGAUAAGCCGGUGAAAGAAUGCCGUAUAGUGCGGUGUGGCGAACUAGUGCCCAAGGAAAAUACGUCAACAAGGAAAUUGAAUCUGGAGGCCAGAAAGGACAACAAAAAGAAGGCUUCUGGCCAAAAUAAAGACUCUGUCAAUGCAUACUCGGCGUUGUUCGGCUAG